CGAGAUAGGAACUUGGGACCCGGAGAUGAGAACUUCGGAGACGAAGCUGGGGGUCGACCUCACUAUACGAGUCCCAAACCCUAACUUAGCUCUUCCUUUUCGAGUCGUUGGACGACGGCUCUGGCUGUGCGCGUGCGCCAUAGCCUAACGUCGAUCCUGGCUAACUUCUUGUUGCCUCCCCCUGGCCUGUCUGUGAGGCUCUGAUCUCUUCUAACUUGGAUUUUCUGAUUCUCCGGACGUCCCCCUCGUGCCGUGUUUUAGUCAUUCCUAUCAACUGUGCCAUCGCCAUGGCCACCACCGAGGGUCCUCUGUUGUUCCAAGGCGUAUCCAAGGAAUCCAAAGCUUUCCGUCUCAUGACUCAGAUGGGAUGGGAGGAAGGGCGUGGACUUGGAAAGGAUCAACAGGGAAUUACGUCACACAUCCGUGUCAAGACCAGGAAGGACAACGCAGGUGUCGGCACUGACGAACAAAAGAAAGCAGCACAAAACUGGACCGUCAACACACACAUUUUUGAUAACAUCCUGAAGAACCUCAAAGUGCAAGGUGCUCAACCUCAGGUCAAAAAAGACAGUAGUGAUGAUGACAGUAGUGACGAUGACUCUGUUGAAGCUAUUCCGGUAAUUAAAAAAGUCGCUCGACCACAGGGAAGGUACAAGAGGAGAGAAGGGGGCAAAUUGGUGAAAGGUUAUUCUGCCACGGAUCUCAGUGCCAUUCUUGGAGGACAAGAUGUUCAGCCCGCUGCUGUACAGUCUCCGAAACUAGUCGUUCCCGUAGUGGCUGCAGCUGUGAGUAAGGUUGUGGAAAGCAAGGAGCAAGUUUCAUUUGUUGAAAUAGAAGUGGAGGAGAGUAUUUCUUUACCGGAUAUAGCGGCAGACUGGUGGGGCACUAAAUAUGGAUUCGUGAGAGCUGGAGCGCUUGGUUCGAAGCAAGUGCAAGUUCGGGAAACCGUAAACGGAGAAAGACCAAGCCAGAACGGCCGAACUCAGUUCUCUGAGCAAGACCAGGAGAACCUGUAUAACCUUGUAAACGAUAAGGCAACAACAGGGAAGAAGGGACUUGGUCAAGCUGACAGGGCAUUGAAGAUCGGUGGGGUUAAGGUUUCAACGCGUCCUGGACAGAAGAAGGUUUUUGCUGACAUUGAAGAGAGCGAGAAUGAGGAAGCACAGGAUUCAGUUGUAAGUGAGGGUCAACAAAUUGAGUCGGCUGCUGCAAACAAACUUGAGAAGAAGAGGAAAAGGGAUGAGUCUUUGGGUAACGAAGCUGCCUUAAAGGAGGGGUCCAAAAUCAAGCUGAAAUCGCUAGUUUCUCAGUUGCUAGCGGAGGUUUCUGAGAGGAAAAUGAGCUUGAAACGGCUACAGAAAAGAGUUACGGCUUCUACUGGUCUAUUUCCAAGUAAAAGCGAUGCAGAUGCUUUCAAGGAUAAGCUGCUCAAGAGUUCGAGGUUUGUUGUGGAGGGGAAGAACGUGUCGCUCAAAUGUAAAACUUAGACAAUUCGUCAGGCCUCUCCUGUUCUUUUGAAAUCGUUCGAAAGAGGCAUUUGCAAGAAUAUUCCUUACUGGUUUGUUACUGGUCAGUUCCUACUUCUGGGCUAAAAGCUCUUCAAGGAAAACUCUGAUUGUUUGUGCUUAUUUGAACCUUAUUUUAGAUUCAUUAGGGCACGUCAUGAGCGGCCUUUAUUCCAUUCUGGGUUGAUUGCUCCCUUUUGUUAGUAAUCACAUGGGGGUUAGAAUAAAACCAGCAAGCCAACUCGCUACCAUUAACAUGGAAAUCAUUUUUGUAAUCACCGGCUACUUGAAAUGAAGCGUUCUGCUUAACCAGAAAUGAGUUUCUGCUAA